AUGGAGGAGUGUAAGGCAGUAAGUACUCCAAUGAAUCAAAAAGAGAAGUUGUUCAAAGAAGACAGUACUAACAAAGUUGAUGAAGGAUAUUUCAGGAGAUUGAUUGGUUGCUUGAUGUAUCUCAUAGCAACAAUACCUGAUAUUUUGAAAGUUGAAAGUAUUUUGUCUCGAUUCAUGCAUUCUGCAAGUGAAUUACAUCUCAAGGUUGCCAAAAGAGUGAUGCGAUAUGUCAAAGGUACAAGUGUUUUUGGUGUUAAGUUCACAAGGAGCAUUGAGUUCAAGCUGGUUGGUUUUUCUGACAGUGAGUGGGGAGGUUCCAUUGAUGAUAUGAGGAGCACUUCAGGUUACUGUUUUACUUUUGGCUCUGGUGUUUUCUCAUGGAGCUCGAAAAACCAAGAAACUGUAGCCCAAUCCAUCGCCAAGCGAGUUUAUUACGCCACGACUCUUGGUAAUCAAGCUUUAUGGUGA